CUCUCAUCAAACUACUUGCUUCAUGAGUUAUAAUAAAUUACUAGCCUACAGCUGGCAACAAUACUUUCGGUUUCCUCAAAAAAAUUUCAAAGUGCAGCACUUGACGAUUGAAACAGCAAAGAUGUUUAAGAAGUUUGAGUUCCUGGAAGUUUCUAAAAGGAAGUUGUUGGGUCAAGGAUUAUGGUCAUGUUCUGUUGAGGAACUUCAAGAGAUUGGUAACCAGCUAGAACAAUGCUUGAAAAACAUCAGAGCAAGAAAGACAAGAAAAAGGUUUAGAGGUAAGAUUGAAAAGAAGGCCCUACUUUCCAUCUCUCUUUGGUUCCAACACUGCAAGCAGAUACAACAAUUAAACCAAAGGUAAGAAUAACUCCCUCCAUUGAAUUAAAGAUAUAUUAUGACCUCAAUCUUCUAGCUCUAAGCUUCUCAAAAAUGUACUUUGUUUUUGUCUCAAGGAUACCUUUUUAGUUUUAAUUUAGGAGAGAAUGUUAUUAGAAAAAAAUGUGAAGUUAUUUGAAAAGGUGAGCCUUUUAUUUUUAAAUCUUGGAGUUUUCUUUUCUUUUUUAGAUGAUGGGCCCACCUUACAAUGAAGAGCCCUUUUGUCUAAUUGUUCUUAUUCUGCAGUAUGGUGCAAUUAAAACUAGAAAACACUUUUGAAUGAAAAAAAUAAACUAACUCUCUUUUGAUAUGGAUAGUAGUGUAGUGAUGGGAAGCCUUGGCACAACAAAGGAAAGCAAUAAAGAUUGCACCCAAAAUAAAGUGUGCUUGGAGGCUGUGACAAAAUUGUUCAUUGGAUUGUUGUAAAACCAUUAAUAUCAAUCGUCUGAAUUUACUUUACAAUAGAAAUUAUUGUGUUAC